CCAGUUCAAGCGGCGGAGGGACGGGACGCAGCGGUCGGAAUACGCGUGGAAUUGAAAGUAUGGAGGCCACCUCCCUCGCGCUGACCUCGAGACUGGAGACUGCGCAGGAAUGCCCUUGUCUUCAUCAUUCGCUCACCUUGAUGGAUUUUUUUCGCCCAACGGAAAUGUCUCUGUGCACGGGACCCCAUUUCCUUGAGUAAAUUUUUAAUAAGGCGCAAGCACGAAAGGAAUUGCACAUUCCUGAAAUCCCCAUAAUUCCUUUGUGAAUGCGACAUUGUUACAUCUUUACCGGCAGUCUUUUUUUUUGCGCGCCUUAUCUAUUUUAUGUGGCUUUUUGCCCUUUAUCUGAACGGGGCGCUUGAGGACGUACCCCAACAAUAUUGAUCUACGCUCCCUUGCCGGCCACUGGGGCUGCCGUUUUUGACUGAAUGCCUGGAAUGUCAAAGGAAGAAGUUGGUCUGCACCGUCGCGUGUUGGGAUCGCUUCUUUUUCUUAUCCAGCACGUGCAGCGCCUCUGGUUCUGGUUCUAAUAAGUUCCCUCAGAGAGAAGAGCUCGUGGGUUUCAGCUGUGAAGAACAGGUAGCCUAUACACAGUGUAGUGCGGUAAUUCUACACCAGAGGGCGCGCCGAUUCACACUCUUUUAGGCGCGCUCCACUGGAACUGCGCCGUCAGCCACUGCGGUACCACUGGCUGCCUCUUCUGGAAUCGCCGCGAAAUGCUCCCUCACAAGCGGACUGUCUGACCUCCAGAGUCGAUCCUGUCAUCCAGCACGCAGGUGUCCAGGGCGUUUGAGGUUUAUGUGAAUGACAGCAGCGCAUUCGGCAGACGAGAGCUCACUGUGACAGCGAUGGCGAAGAGAGAGAAGCUAGCGUGCGGCUCCUCGGACCAGCUGCUCAACCCGGCAGAGCCGCACUUCAGCAAGCCGCUCCAGCAGACAGAAGAGCGGCUGACCAUUUGCAGUAAAAUCUGCUUCGCCAUUGGUGGAGCCCCCAGUCAGAUAGCAGGAAGUGCCACGGCCUUCUUCCUGCAGAUCUACCUGCUGGAUGUGGCACAGAUUAACCCUUUCCACGCCUCUGUGGUGCUGUUCGUGGGAAAAGCCUGGGGUGCGGCCAUGGACCCACUGGUGGGAUUCUUCAUCACCAAGAGCAAGUGGACCCGGAUCGGUCGGCUCAUGCCCUGGAUGGUGGGGUGCACUCCGUUUGUGGUGAUCUCCUAUUUUUACCUCUGGUACGUCCCGCCCUUCUCAAGCGGGAAGUUUGUCUGGUACCUGAGUUUCUACUGCCUGUAUCAAACCCUCAUCGCGUGUUUUCAUGUGCCAUACUCCGCCCUCACCAUGUUCCUGAGCGCCAAUCAGAAGGAGCGAGACUCUGCCACAGCCUACAGGAUGACGAUGGAGGUUUUGGGGACGCUGGUGGGGGCCGCGGUACAGGGCCAGAUCGUGGCCAGCGCCCACACGCGGAAUCACUGCUCCGCCCACAACCUGACAGCCACGCCCCUGGAGAACAAUGGCUCCGCCCACAUCACCCCCGUAACCGACUUCCUCUCUCAUGCGAAGGAGAUGUAUAUGAUAGCUGCGGGAGUGAUAGGAGGCAUCUUCCUGCUUUGCACCCUCGUGAUGUUCCUGGGGGUCAAAGAGAAAGAUGACCCGUACGCACGCAGCACAGGGAAGCCUAUCCCGUUCCACAAGGGGUUCCUCCUGGUGAUGCGGCACUGGCCCUACCUCACGCUGACCGCCGCCUUCCUCUUCAUCGGAGUGGCUAUCCAGCUGGUGCAGAGUAACUUCGUGCUCUUCUGUACGUACGCGGUUGACCUGCGAGACCACUUCCAUUACAUGGUGCUGAUCAUACUGAUAUCGGCGGCGGUGAGCAUUCCGCUGUGGCAGUGGUUCCUGGGGCGGUUCGGCAAGAAGACGGCGGCGUACUGCGGCAUCACGUGGAUGGUGCCCUUCACCAUCUUGCUGGUCUGCUUUCCCAACCUCGUGGUGGCGUACGUGGUUGCCGUGGCGUCCGGACUGAGCAUAGCCGCCUCGAUGCUGUUGCCAUGGUCGAUGCUCCCGGACGUGGUGGACGAUUUCAGGCGGGCGAACCCCGACUCUCGGGGGCACGAGGCCAUCUUCUACUCCUUCUACGUCUUCUUCACCAAGUUCGCUUCGGGGAUAUCGCUGGGCGUCUCCAUGCUCUCUCUGCAGUUCGCUGGGUACAAAACAAGGCACUGCCAACAGCCCGAACCCGUGGUCUACACCCUCAAAUUGCUGAUGGGUGCAGCUCCCGUAGCCUUCAUCCUGAUUGGUCUGGCCAUCCUCCUCUUCUACCCAAUCACAGAGGAGGUGCGUCAGAAGAACAAGCUCUCUCUGGACCAGCUCAGGGAACAGGGUCUCGGCACAGGAAGUGAAGCAGAGGACCUGAGGGGUGAUGUGUGACACAAACCCCCCCCCCCACCUGGGACCCCCCGAAACCAGACUCUACCUGGGACACUUUAUAUUCCACUGCCUGGGAAAAUGAUCUACUAUUAGUGUAUAUUACACUGGGAAAGAAUUAUUUGUAUGUUUUAAUAUGAACAUUGAAGUUUCUAUAUUUUUACUUGAACCUGUACUGUAUUGCUAUCAUAUAUAUAUAUAUAAAUUAUUUAUAUAAAUUAAUGUUUAAUAACUAUUUCACUAUUUUUUUCCAUCCCAUAACUGGGAUCAUUAUUGAGUAUUGAUUGAAGACACUUUACUGUGGUGUGACGUUGUUGCUCAAUAAAAUGGAGGAGGUGCCCUU